CCAACCUGAAAAUUUCGUUCGUCCGUUAGCUUUGGGUAUAACCUCUAAUAUGUAAAGCUGUUUUUUUCGAUUUGGAUUUCCUGAAUGAAACUUAGAAUUUACUGCAGUAUACAGAUGAUUAACUAUGAACUCUGCUAUGGACAAGUCCUUCGAACUACUAAGCACCAUGUCUCCGAAAAUUAGGGGUCGUCAAAAAACGUGCAAAGUAAAAAGUUCUUCCAGACUAGCCCUUAAAAAGUACUUUAGACGUUCUUCGAUAUUUGAUAAAUCUAUUGGAAUUAGAAGCAAGGAUUUGUCAAUCGUAGAUGUGCCUUCUAGUUCAUCAGGCAGUAUAUUUAGUUCUCAAGAUGUUGAACCACAUGAUAAGAACGAAAUCGCUUUCAUUGAAUCAAGCGAUUCGGAAGAUAAUGUUCAAGGCAUCUUACCCGAAGUAAAGUUGAAACGUUUUCCAAAUUGUAGCAGUGAAAUUGAAAAGAAUCAGAUGGUUAAAAACUGGCUGGAAAAUGUAGAAGAUCGCCCUGGAAAUCCAAGUUUUUUCAGUCAAGUCUCAACGGUAUGUGGAGAUUCUACUGCAAAUAUUAACAAAGAAGGCAAUCGCAUUGCUGCAUCUUCAAGUUUUAAUGACUGCCUUACCCAUAGGUUUGACGAAUUGUUUAUUGACAAGGAAAAAGAUUCUAAAAAUGUCGACAAAGCUGAUGCACACGAUGAUUCAGUUAAUAAAGAGUUAAAUACUGACUUGAAAAGACAUUCAGAAGAGGCCAAAGUAACUAAUACUUCUGAUGAAGACAAUGUAGGAACGAGUUUGGAACCUUCAAGUGAAUAUAAGACGGCAGGUGACGAACCGUUUCCCACAAAUGAUGAAAGUAUCAUCAUAGUAACUCCGGUAAAAAGUGUAAAAUCUUUAUCGCCAGUAAAUAAAUGUCAAGAUUUUAUCACAGUAAGAAGAAAACGAGAGGAGAAAAAAACGCUUGAUUGCCCAGCAACACCGACGGAUCAAAAUAUUGAGAGUCAGAUGAAGGUAAUGCUUGACUCUAUAUAUGGAAAGUCAUGGAGAGCUCAUCAGCAAAAAGUGUUUUUACCAAUGUCUGAGCGGAAAGUAAAACGUUCAGAUAAUAUACCGAUUGUUGCUCCAAUCACGGAAAGGAUUAUAAAGCCGCCCUUCAAAAACACUCUGUUACCGAAUAAAAAGUUGACUCAUACCAAACUUAAUUUUGAUUCGCUGAAGAAACCGGUAAAAUCGCCUUGGAUAAGCAAACUGAAAGGAUUAGUAGAUUCCGACUCGGCUGAUGAAGGCAACAAUACAAAAGACAUUAAAAAAGUUAAAAGUCGGCUUAAUUUUGGUGAUAAAACUCCAACAAAGAAAAGUGUAAAAAGUAACCACUAUGAAGAAAAUACUGCUAAUGUCAAACAUUUGCUUAAAGAGUGCAACAUAAAAGCAAAUAUUCCUGCAAAGGCAAAUCUGCAAAAGCAAUAUUAUUAUCAGAAUAUUGAAAAGGGUGCAAAUACUAUUGGUAAACGUAGAACAGAAAGUUCUAGUUCAAUAACAACAGAUGAAGAAUAUGACAAAGAAAUUGAAAUUUUGGAGCUAACAAGAAACAAGACAGUACGCGAGAAAAACAAAAAGUAUUCCUUUUUGGAAUCGUUAUCAGCAACUGUGCCAUUAAACCAGUGUGACAUGUCUGCACGAUUAUUCCGAACUAACUUUAAGCAACACAAACAGGAAUUGGCGAAAAGGCUAUUUUCAUUAUUUAAUGAGAACGUUUUUGACGAUGCCAUUCCAGGAAACUGUGCAAUAGAAUGGAAUACCAAAUUAACAAAAACAGCUGGAUUGUGUCAUUUUAAAAAAAUUACUCACCGUCAGGGUCAAAUUGAAAGACAGGUUAAAAUUAGUUUAUCCACUAAAGUUCUAGAUUCUCCAUGUAGAUUAAGAGAUACAUUAAUACAUGAAAUGUGCCAUGCUGCAUCAUUUAUUGUCAAUCGCAUAACGGAUGGACAUGGACCAUAUUGGAAAAGUUGGGCUUUUAAAGCUAUGGAAAAGUUUCCAGAGUUGCCGCCUAUAAGACGAUGCCAUGAUUACCGUAUUAAUAGCAAGUACACUUACAAAUGUACUGGCUGUCAUUAUAGUUUUGGAAGACACACAAAAUCACUUGACUUGGACCGGAAACGUUGCGGUUAUUGUAUGGGAAGAUUUGAAGUUUUUUUGAACAAAAAAGGCAAAAGUGGUUCCACUAAAGCUGUCCCGAUUGCUGAGCGAAAGGAAGUCACAGGGUUUGCGUUAUUUGUCAAAGAAAACUAUGCCAAGUAUAAAGAACCAUCGAAAACGCAUCGCGACAUAAUGACAAUGCUCAGCCAAAAGUUCGCAGAACUAAAAGUUAUAAGUACAAAGUGAAUAUGUUUUUAAAUUUUGUAAUUUUAUGAAAAAAAACUGAUUAGAUAAUAUUUUUUUACCAAUAA